UGAUAUCGAUACCUCAUGAAAACGUGAAGGUGAGGGAACCCUGCCGGCCUGACCUUUAGUGCUGCUGAACAACACGAUCGGACCCGGAUCGCAGGAACAAUCGGAACAAACAUUGCCGAUUAUCUUCGAUAUUAGAGGUGUCUGGACUCCAACAUACAAUGCAGGCCGCCGAGGAGGCCUGUGCGCAGCUGGAGGAUGAGCUACUCUUUUGUGAGGAUUGCCGGUUGUACUUCAGAGACUCCUGCCCACAACACGGAGCGCCAACUUUUAUCUCGGACACUCCGGUUCCCGAUAACGUACCAUCUCGCGCUUUACUUUCACUACCAGAAGGACUGGUGGUCAAGGAAAGAUCUCAAGGAGGCUUUGGCGUUUGUUGCACAAUUCCCAUCAUUCCCCGGGGCUGCAUCUUCGGCCCAUACCAAGGGGACAUAUUAGUGGAUAGGAGCGAAUGUACCGUCUACUCCUGGGCGAUUAGAGACAAUGGAUCCUAUUUUUAUAUUGAUGCCAGUGAUGACUCCAAAAGCAGCUGGAUGAGGUAUGUGGCCUGUGCAUCAACAGAAGAUGAACACAACCUGACAGUGUUUCAGUAUCGCGGAAAAAUCUACUAUCGAGCUUGUCAGCCUAUUCCUUCAGGCACAGAGCUGCUGGUGUGGAUUGGGGAGGAGUAUGCGAGGACCCUUGGACUCAAGUUAGGUGAGCAUUUUAAGUACGAGUUUGGCGAGAAGGAACUUCUAAUGAAGCUUUUCCAAGACCUGCAUCUGAAGACCAUCGAUUCUUUGCCGAAUCACAUAUCACCUCGAAGUCAGUAUGUGUGCAAUGACAUAGUCAACCCCUUAAUACAGUCACACAAACAGAAUUACCCAAUAAACAACAUAGGGCAUUCUUCAUCUGGCUUCCAACUGCUUGAGGGAACUCAGAACUUGGUAAGCCUUGGCCGAGCCCAGAGCCGUUAUUGGACUUUCUUUGGCUUUCAAGGUGACGCCUAUGGUCGUAUUAUUGAUAAAACUAAGAUUAUCUGCAAAUUGUGUGGUGUUAGACUUUCCUACAGUGGAAACACUACUAACUUGAGACAGCAUCUUAUUUAUAAGCAUAGGCGAGAGUACAAUGAAUUAGUGGGAACCCAAGGAGCAGUUGUGGAGCCCCAAAAGAACAUUGAUUCUGCCUCUCCACGGGAGCUGCCAUCGAGGGCAGUAGUGACUCCUACUGUGGGGAGAACAACCAAAGCUGUGGCAGAUUUUAUUGUCCGUGACCUCAUGCCGGUCGAAAUCAUUGAAGGAGAAGGGUUUGUGCAAAUGCUGUCCAUUCUGGAUCCAAAUUAUAAGUUACCAGCAGCCUCUUUUUUGGCUCAUACAAUCCUUCAGGAGAUGCACCUUCAGUCCAAGAUGAAGGUGAUGGAACUGGUAAAAAAUCUACAAGAGUGCUCUGUCAGUCUUGACCUAUGGAAACACAGUGGCUCUUUGUCCUACCUCACACUCACUAUCCACUAUGUCAAUGAAGCUUUUGAGUCCAAGAAUAUGGUGCUAACCAGUAGGGUUGUUUCAGAAGACCUUUCUGAAGAAAGCCUGAAAUUUGUUCUUCAGGAUGUUUCCGAUGAAUGGGGAAUACGAGAGAACACGUUUUACGCAGUAGGGCUCUGCAGUCCCUCUGUUAAAAUAGCGGCUUCGAAGGUCGGAUGGAAGUCUCUUCCAUGUGUCGGUCAGGUGCUGAAAAAUUGCAUUGAGGCUAUCCUCCAGCACCACACUAUACAGACCACAUUGGAUAGGUUCCGAAGAUUGAUAGCCACUAUUUUCUCUUCGGCAGCUCAGAAUGAGGAGUUAACCACUCAUGGGCCUGUCUUGAAGGUUCAUUUAAAAAUGUUCCUACGGGACGGUACCAAAUGGUACAGUAUCUACACCUUGUUGCAGAGCAUUGUGGACCAUUCUAAGUUUUUCAAAGGUCUAAUAGAGACUUUGAAUGAAGAAGGUAUAUCUCUGCAGCCGGAAGACUGGUCAAUACUCCAGGAUGUCGUAGACAUCCUCAAACCGCUAUCGAUUGCUACCUCAACCUUUACCAAAGAUCAUUUUGCUGGAUUGUCACUGGUGAAGCCAGUCAUAACCAGCCUGUUGUAUAAGCACUUGGCCCCUAAUGAAUGGGAUUCUGAGUUUUCCAAAAACAUCAAAAAGGCCAUCCAUGAAGAGUUGAGUUUUAGGUAUUCUGAUUCCGAAGUCAAUCAGGUCCUCAACUUGGCGUGUGCCUUGGACCCCCGUUUCCGUGGCCUUGAUUUUCUCAGCCAACCAGACCGGGUAGAGACCCUUCACUUGCUGAAGCUUGAGGCUUCCAGUCUGGCAAAGAUACAGACUCCAGAGCCAAUAUGUGUUACACCUGAGCCCCAGAAUUCAAGACCUUCAUCCAAAAAACUCAAGCAGGACUCCGGCAUAGAGUUUCUUUUGGGCGACUUGUGUAACGUAAGAAAUGCUUCAACUAGCACAGUAAAUCAGCAGGCGGAGCAGGAGAUCAGCAGCUUCCAGACAAGUGAGGCUUCUUCCUUAUGCCAGGACCCAUUACAGUGGUGGAGGAUGCACCAUACCCAAUACCCUCUUUUGGCAAAGGCAGCCCGUAAACUGCUGGCUAUCCCUGCCACUUCUGUACCCACAAACUGGUUGUUCACAGAUGCCGGCCUGGCUGUUUACCGGAAACGUUCUGCUUUGACUGCAGAACAUGUCGAUAUGCUAGUCUUUCUCAAUGGCAAUAGGUUACUACUUUAAGCCUUUGUUGGUUGGUCCUUCACGUUUGUGCCUCUCCCGCUCCUAUCAUAGCCACCCUUUGCAAGUGGCUCGACUUAUAUCCUCCAGGUCUGAUCUAGUGCUUCCACUACUUUCCUAAAAGAGGACAAGCUAAGAAACCUUGAUCUACACAAGUAUCUGUAGCGUAUGUGCCAGUACAUUACUGAGCCGAAAAAAGGACUAUUUCACUGCUGAUUAUUAUUUUUUAUUAUGUUAGGGUAGUGCCUAUUACACUUGGUUCAGCUCUCCUCCUCCUAAUAGUUUUUUAAAGGGUUGUCCAGUGAAAACACUAUUGUCCCCAAUCCACAGGACAAGGGAUAAGAAGCUGAUUGGUGGGGGGUCCCACCACUAGAAUCACCUGCGAUCUCCCAAAUAGGACCCCGCCUCUCAGUGAGAAGUGCACGUUAUAGACUGCACACGCUCCAUUCAUUUCUAUGGAAGCGCCGGGGAUGCUGAGUGCUGUUCUGUGGAUAGUUCUGUCCUGUGGAUAAGGGGAUAAGAGAGUUUGUACUAGACAAUUCCUUUAAGGGUAUAUUCAAAAUACGCUGCAAAUUUUGUGCAGACUUUUCCAGUUAGCUUCAAUAGGAAAAUUAAAAACAUUCGACAAAUGAGCAUCAUGUCUGCAGCCUAUACACGACAUGUGAACAUACCCUAUAUGUAGCAUACAGUCCAGUUCCUUUUCAUGACAGUAUUGUAAUAAUUGCAGAAAUUUACCUAUCGAAACCCCCCCUCUUCCUUUUGGGGACAUUUUUCCACAAUCCGAAA